CUUUUCUUUUAUUUAUUUAUUCUAUCUUUAAUAAUAGCCUUCCUCUUUGUUUUAUCUAUGAUAUAUUUAUAAUGAAAUUAAUUGAAAGAAUAAAGAAAUAUAUAACAACACUAGGAAGAUUUAUUGGACCUGGCUUUAUGAUUGCUGUUGGAUAUUUAGAUCCAGGCAAUUGGGCAACAGAUAUGGAGGGAGGAUCAUCAUUUGGAUAUCAACUUUUAUUUAUUAUUUUAAUAUCAAAUUUGAUAGCUGUCUUUUUACAGAAUUUAACUAUUCGACUUGGUACAGUUGCGGGUCUUGAUUUAGCUGCUGCUUCGAGAAAGUUUUUCCCUCGUUGGUUAAACUUAUUUUUAUAUGUUUUAGCAGAGUGUGCUAUCAUUGCCACUGAUAUAGCAGAAGUCAUAGGUUCAGCUAUUGCAUUGAAUUUAUUAUUCCCAAAAUUGCCAUUACCUGCUGGUGUCGCUAUUACAGCUGUAGACGUAUUUAUUAUUUUAUUAUUUUAUAACGAAGAGGCAGAUGAUCCUGAUCAUAGUUCGACUAGUUCUGCUUCUGUAAGAAUGGUUCGUUUUUUUGAAAUGUUUGUCAUGAUGUUAGUAGCGGCUGUUGGUAUCUGUUUUGUUAUAGAAUUAGCCUUUUCAGAUAUUGUAGCUGUUGAUGUCUUUAAGGGUUAUCUCCCAUCAAAAGAGAUAUUCACUGAACCUGAAGCUCUUUAUGUUGCUAUCGGUAUUAUUGGUGCAACAGUUAUGCCUCAUAAUCUUUAUCUUCACAGCUUUAUCGUUCAAGCAAGAUGUCGAGAAUGGCGUUUACAAAGACCUAGAGUGGUCAACAAUGGAGAAAGAUGGAUCAUUAAAAACAAUCCAUUUUAUGAUAGUAAAGAGCCUAUUAUAGAACAACAAACCAUCCCUACUCCUACUCUUCUACCACCACCACCAUCACCAGAAAAGAAAAGUAACGGUUCUUCUGUUCAAGUAGUGAGUAUUAGAAUAGAAGAAGAUACAUCCUCUUGUCUAGCUCGAACAGGUGGAAUUCAUUUUGAACAAUUAAAAGCUUAUUUAAAUACUUCUGUAAAACGUAAUUUACACUAUGGCUUUAUGGAUCUUAUUGUGGCCCUUACUUUUGCCUUCUUUGUUAAUUGUGCUAUCUUAAUCGUUGCUUCUGCUAAUUUUUACUAUGGGCCUGAUGAUCGACAGCACCAAGUUCAAGAUUUGUUUAGUGCUCAUGCUCUUUUGAUGCAAUACUUGGGCCCUCCUGCCGCUGUCACUUUUGCUCUAGCUUUAUUAUGUGCUGGUCAAUCAAGCACUUUAACUGCUACUUUAGCAGGUCAAGUUGUAAUGAGUGGUUUCCUUGGUAUGACCACUAAACCUUGGAUUCGUCGUAUUGUAACACGUCUCAUUGCCAUCAUUCCUGCUAUGAUUGCUGCCUGUAUUGCAGGACGUGAAGGUUUAAGUAAUAUGCUUGUAGGCAGUCAAGUUGCACUCAGCAUUCAGUUACCUUUUGCCGUUAUACCUUUAGUUUACUUUACAGCAAAGAAAGAAGUUAUGAAAUUGCAGCUUGUUGUAGAAUCAAAACAUUUAGAAGAUUCUGAAUCUUGUUUAGUCGAAACGGAUCAAAGCAAGAUGUCCCUUAUGGAUCGCAUCAUUGCUCGUUUUCGUUUUUCUAAAUCUAAAUCGGAUUGGUUUCGUUUUCCUCAAUUUCGUAAAGUCAAAUUGAACCGAGAAGCCAUUAAAAAUUACUGUAUUAGAUCCAGUUCACCUAAUACUUCAGUGUCUUCUUCUUCUUGUAAUAAUAGUAAUGGCUAUAUAGAGACUUCAUCCGUCAUAAUUACAUCCAAUGUUACCAAAGAGUUGGAAGAAUGGCCUGAACCUUUAACAUUUCCUAAUGGUUUAAUCACAAAUAUAGUUGCUGUACUUAUUUCAUUAUUAUUAAUUGGACUUAAUGGUUAUUUAGUAAUAUCAUUAUUCAUAAGCGCUUAAAUACAACAUUAAUAAAUUUUGGUUUUUCCAAAAAUAGUAUAAAGAUGCGGAAUUUUA